AUGGAUUAUAUACAGCCCGCCCAUCUCUACUCUCGUAUCUUGGAAAACGUCCCAUGGAAAUCUGGUGAUCCUAACGCCGUCAAGGGCGAUCCCAAAAAAAGUGUGAAAUGGAUCGAUGGUCUGAGAGGUAUUGCCUCAUUCCUCGUCGUGCUCACCCAUCUUGCGCGUGCUUGGGAUUAUGAUCUAUUCGCGCCCCGUGACGAUGUAGAUAUCGCACCACGCCUUCUUCAGUUGCCUGUUCUUCGUAUUCCCUGGCAAGGACGUCUUGGUGUCACCAUCUUCGCUUUUCUUACUGGUUAUGUCUGCGCAUUGAAGCCUAUCAAACAGGCUCGCAAUGGUGACUUUCUUGGAUCUUUCACAUCGGUGGCAAAGAGUGCCUUCCGUCGCCCACCUCGUCUCAUUUUCCCCGCCACUAUCGCACUAAUCAUUUCCUGGGUUAUGGCUCAAUGUGGUGCCUUUAUCGCCGCGAACCGGUCUGACUGCUGGUGGUGCCGUUAUGCUUCUCCGGAUCUUGAAGACUCGCUCUGGAAGGAGUUUAUUCGCCUUUUCGAAAACUUCUUGGGUGUUUGGACUACAGGUUAUAUGGCUUAUGAUGAUCACCAGUGGGCGCUUUUGCCGCUCUUGAAGGCAUCGAUGUUGGUCUAUGUUAUGCUUUGCAUUGUUAUGUUUGUCAAGUUCCGAUACCGCUUGGGGAUUUACCUGGGAAUGUACCUUUACUUCCACCAGGAUGCCACGAAGAACACAGAAACAUUCCAAAUGCAAGCCAUCUACGGUAUGUUCCUUAGUGAUCUCGCCUACCAAGUUUCCUUCAAGGAAUUUAUCGAACGUCACAAGUGGCCUCGCAGAGUCGUAGUCACACUUCUCUGGGUCUCCGGUCUGAUGAUUUGCUCCUACCCUGGCGAACACCCCGAGUGGGCCACGUGGUCCAACUACAUGUUCGAAGCGGCACACUAUAUCUUCCCACCAGAUGUGAAUAUCGGAAAACGCUACUCGGCAAUCGGAGUCGAUCUGAUUAUUCUGGCGAUCUACCUGUCUCCUUCAACCAAGGAAUUCCUAGCAAACCGUCUGCUUCUAUGGCUCGGCAAGCAAAGUUUCGCCGUCUACCUCGUCCACGGAACUCUUCUGCGCACUGUUCUUUGCUGGAUGCUCUAUGGUAUCACUGGACAACCCUGGGAUGGAGAGCCAGUGGAUGGUAACGGCCAGCCUCUCUUAGAUGAGAAGGGUGAGCCACUCCACCCACACUGGAUUCCUAUCCGCCCUCCCUGGGUUGUGGGUAUUUCUAUCCCAUGCUGGAUCGUGUUGGUCUACAUUUGUGCGUCCAUGUGGACAACCUAUGUUGACCCGUUCUGUGCCAAAAUGGCACUUAAGCUGGAGAAGAAGAUGUUCCAGCAAGACGAGAAGUCUGUUGAGGCCCUGCCUCUUACUAGCAUGCCCAUGACCACUGCUUAG